UGCACAUGGCUGGCAGUGAAUCUUGGACUGACCCCUGAUGUGGCUGUGUUUGGGGGGAGGUGAAUGGGGCUGGUGGACAGUUUGCAGGUAUCGUGUUGUGUGAAGAAAAUGUUACCAUUGGGGUUUCUUACUGCAUUCUCAGCAGUGAGCCUUUUCACCUAUGGAUACGUGUCCUGGGAAAGUUCUAACACCGGAUUUGAAGAACAGGAGACCUUAGAGAAAGGUUUUGAUGAUCACGUUCCACAACGGGAAGUUGGUCGCCAACCACAUAUCAUUUUCAUAUUGGCUGAUGAUCAAGGGUACAGGGAUAUUGGAUACCAUGGGUCAGAGAUCAGAACUCCUACACUGGACAGGUUGGCUUCAGAAGGCGUCAGGUUGGAGAACUACUACGUACAGCCAAUCUGUUCCCCAUCCAGGAGCCAAUUUAUCACUGGGAAGUAUCAGAUACACACAGGCCUUCAGCAUUCCAUCAUACGUCCUUCUCAGCCUAAUUGCUUACCAUUAGACAAUCUGACUCUACCUCAGAAGCUCAAGAAAGUUGGGUACUCAACGCACAUGGUUGGAAAAUGGCAUCUAGGAUUUUACCGGAAAGAAUGCAUGCCUACACAGAGAGGGUUUGAUUCUUUCUUUGGCUCACUUCUGGGAAGUGGAGAUUACUACAAUCAUUACAAGUGUGACAGCCCUGGAAUUUGUGGCUAUGACUUGUAUGAAAAUAAUAAGGCAGCUUGGGAGCAUGACCACGGUAUUUAUUCAACAGAAAUGUAUACCCAAAGAGUACACAAAAUAUUAGCCAAACACAAUCCUAAAAGGCCAAUAUUCCUUUAUAUUGCUUAUCAAGCUGUCCAUUCACCCUUACAAGCUCCUGGAAAUUAUUUAGAUCAUUACAGGUCAAUACCCAAUGAAAACAGAAGGAGAUAUGCUGCCAUGUUGUCAUGUUUGGAUGAUGCUGUUAACAAUGUAACUCUUGCUCUCAAAAGGUAUGGCUUUUAUGAGAAUAGUUUAAUCAUAUAUUCAUCAGAUAAUGGUGGGCAGCCAAUGGCUGGAGGUAACAACUGGCCUUUACGUGGAAGCAAAGGCACAUACUGGGAAGGUGGAAUACGUGCCGUUGGCUUUGUGCAUAGUCCCUUUUUGAAAAACAAGGGCUAUGUGUGCAGGGAACUGAUACAUAUAACAGACUGGUUUCCGACAUUAGUCACCUUGGCAGAGGGAGAAAUUGAUGAAUCAAUCCAAUUGGAUGGUUAUGACAUAUGGGAGACAAUAAGUGAAGGAAAACCUUCUCCUAGAGUGGACAUCUUGCACAAUAUUGAUCCCAUGUAUACCAAAGCACGAAAUGGGUCUUGGGCAGCUGGUUUUGGUAUUUGGAAUACAGCUAUUCAGUCAGCAAUCAGGAUGAAAGAAUGGAAGUUACUAACAGGAAAUCCAGGCAAUGGAGACUGGAUUCCUCCACAGAGUUUUAGCAGUAUCGGACCCAGCCGCUGGCAUAAUGAGCGGGUGACUGUGUCAAGUGGAAAAUCUGUAUGGCUUUUCAAUAUAACAGCUGAUCCAUAUGAAAGAAAUGAUCUGUCAGACAAAUUCCCGGAUAUUGUAAAGCAGCUACUAAGGAGACUUGCACAGUACAAUAAAACUGCAGUUCCAGUAAGAUACCCUCCAAGGGAUCCAAGAAGCAAUCCAAAGCUUAAUGGUGGAGUUUGGGGCCCAUGGUAUAAAGACAACAAGAAAAAGAAAGGAAACAAAACAAAAUCAAAGAAAGACAAAUCAAAGAAGAAACCAAAACAUAGAAAGCAACAGUUCUCUGGCUGCCACCCAUCACCAUUUGAGUCAUAGAGGAUACUCCUGUGUCAAGCUAUACCAUGUUCAGAAUUGGGCAUGUUUUUGAUAUC